CUCCUCGGACCCCCUGUCUUGUCUGCUGUUAUCAUAUUUUUAGUUCUCUUACCUCUGAAUUUUGGGAUCAGCAAGAAGAGAAGCCAGCUCCAGGAAACGCAGAUAAAGUACAAGGACAGCCGUGCAAGGCUUACCAGCACCAUCCUCAGUGACAUGAAGGUCCUCAAACUUCAUGGCUGGGAGAAGAAGUUGAUAAGUAAAGUGCUGGGCAUCCGAACUCAAGAACUUCAAGCUCUCAAGACGUCUCAGUUCCUCUUCUCAGCUUCUCUUGCUUCCUUCCAGUCAUCUACUUUUCUGAUUUCAUUCAUCGUCUUUGCGGUCUACACGUUGUCAGAUAAGACAAAUGUCUUGGAUGCUAAGAAAGCUUUUGUUUCUCUUAGCUUGGUCAACAUUCUCAAUACUGCCCAUUCCUUCCUUCCAUUUUCCAUUAAUGCUGUUGUCCAG